GAGAAAGUCUGGACAGAAACCUGAGCCAGCCUGAACGUGGGAAGGGGAGGAGGAAAGGGAGGAAGAGAUAGCCGGGAGGCCGGGAGAGGGAGGGAUCGGGGCUGGGGGCCGGGCCGCUCCGAACCUGCCGCGCGCCCCAGGGUGGGGGAGGCGGCGCGGGAGGAGCGCGAGGGGACGGGACAGUGGGAUCAGUCCCCGGAGCCUAGCAGCCGAGCGCCUCGUUCCCCCGCCGCUCCCCGCCCUCUUCGGCGGCCGCGAGAGCGAUCCCCGCCUCCGGCGGGACCCGCGCCCUCCCCAGCUCCCGGCGCCCGGCGCCGCCCGGCGCUUCGCUGCCCACCCCUCGGCUCCCUUCGUGGCCCGGGACCUGCGCUGCGCCCGCUGCCCACGGGACCCUCGCGGCUGCCCCUUCCCUUGACGUCUCCCGGGCGCCGCGGGGAAGGGACCCACCCUCCGGCUAGAGGGGGAAGGAGAGGAUCGCCCGGGGCGCACCGAAACCGAGAGCUGGCGAGCCGGAGUGGGCGCCGCGCGGGGGCUUUGUGUGUGUGUGUGUGAGUGUGUGUGUGUGCGCGCGCGUGCAGCGUAGUGUGUGUUUGGGAAAGCGCUCUGGGGAGGUCCUGUCCCUAGGGGGCGGAGCGCAGGGGACCGAGGCUCGGGCGCCUUGCUGGGGCAGAGUCCCGCGGAGCCGGAGCGCUGCCGAGGCGGCCGGCGGGACGGCGCGCCUGGCGGCGAGGCGGGCGCACUGAACAGAGACCGGGGCGCCCUCGGCGCGGCGGCGGCCCCUGCCCCGAGCUGUCGGCCUCGCUGGCGCAGCCCACUCGUGUUGACGGCCGUGGACCCGCGCGGGAAGGCUCGGACACCAAGAGCCACCAGCGCGUCACGGAGCCCGCCCGCCCCGUCGGCCCGGGCUGCGCCGCCGGAGAGCCCGGCCCUCGGCGCUGCGCUGCCGGCGGGCGUCGGCUGUGUCGGGAGCGCGCCCGGCCGUCCCUCUGCUGCCCGGCCCGGAGCCCGAGACGCGCGCACCAUGAGCGGCGGCGAAGUGGUCUGCUCGGGAUGGCUGCGCAAGUCCCCCCCGGAGAAGAAGUUGAAGCGUUAUGCAUGGAAGAGGAGAUGGUUUGUGUUACGCAGUGGCCGUUUAACUGGAGAUCCAGAUGUCUUGGAAUAUUACAAAAAUGAUCAUGCCAAGAAGCCCAUCCGUAUUAUUGAUUUAAAUUUAUGUCAGCAAGUUGAUGCUGGAUUGACAUUUAACAAAAAAGAGUUUGAAAACAGCUACAUUUUCGAUAUCAACACCAUUGACCGUAUUUUCUACUUGGUAGCAGACAGUGAGGAGGAAAUGAAUAAGUGGGUUCGUUGCAUCUGUGACAUCUGUGGGUUUAAUCCUACGGAAGAAGAUCCUGUGAAGCCAUCUGGCGGCUCCUCACAAGCACCAGUGGAUUUACCUUUGGCUAUAAAUACAGCACCACCAUCCACCCAGGUGGAUUCCUCCUCGGCUGCUCUGCCUCCUCCGUAUCAGCUCAUUAACCUUCCACCACAUCUGGAAACUCUUGGCAUCCAGGAGGAUCCUCAAGACUACCUCCUGCUAAUCAACUGUCAAAGCAAGAAGCCUGAACCCACCAGCCAAGGGUCAUCUUUUGUUUCUGAAGAAGGAGAGGAAUAUCUACUCCUAGAAGAUUUUGAAAGCAAAACGAGUCCAUUGCAAACACACGCUGAUUCUGCCAAAUCCACCUCUUCUGAAACAGACUGCAAUGAUAACGUUCCUUCUCAUAAAAACCCUGCUUCCUCCCAGAGCAAACAUGGAGUAAAUGGCUUUUUUCAGCAGCAAAUGAUGUAUGACUCUCCACCGCCUCGUGCUGCAUCUGUUUCUGUAGACUCGAGCCUUUAUAACCUGCCCAGGAGUUAUUCCCACGAUGUUUUACCAAAGGUGUCCCCAUCGAGUACGGAAGCCGAUGGAGAACUGUAUGUUUUUAAUACCCCAUCCGGGACAUCGAGCGUAGAGACUCAGAUGAGGCAUGUGUCUAUUAGUUAUGACAUUCCUCCAACACCUGGUAAUACUUACCAGAUUCCACGAACAUUUCCAGAAGGAACCUUGGGACAGACGUCAAAGCUAGACACUAUUCCAGAUAUUCCUCCACCUCGGCCACCGAAACCACAUCCGGCUCAUGACCGAUCUCCUGUGGAAACGUGCGGCGUCCCACGCACGGCCUCAGACACUGACAGUAGUCACUGUAUCCCUAUAGCAGGGGUGCCGCCAUCUCGUAGCAAUACCAUCUCCACCGUGGAUUUGAACAAGCUGCGAAAAGAUGCUAGUUCUCAAGACUGCUAUGAUAUUCCACGCACAUUUCCAAGUGACAGAUCUAGUUCACUUGAAGGCUUCCAUAACCACUUUAAAAUCAAAAAUGUAUUGACGGUGGGAAGUGUAUCAAGUGAAGAACUGGAUGAAAAUUAUGUCCCAAUGAAUCCCAACUCUCCGCCACGACAACAUUCCAGCAGUUUUACGGAACCAAUUCAGGAAGCAAACUAUGUGCCAAUGACCCCAGGGACGUUUGAUUUUUCUUCAUUUGGAAUGCAAGUUCCCCCUCCUGCUCACAUGGGCUUCAGGUCCAGCCCAAAGACCCCUCCCAGAAGACCAGUUCCUGUUGCAGACUGUGAACCACCCCCCGUGGAUAGGAACCUCAAGCCAGACAGGAAAGGUCAGAGUCCUAAAAUUUUAAGACCCAAACCCCAUGGUUUAGAGCGAACUGAUUCACAAACCAUAGGUGACUUUGCUACAAGAAGAAAGGCCAAGCCAGCACCUUUAGAAAUAAAACCUUUGCCAGAAUGGGAAGAAUUACAAGCCCCAGUUAGAUCUCCCAUCACUAGGAGUUUUGCUCGAGACUCCUCUAGGUUUCCCAUGUCCCCCCGGCCAGAUUCAGUGCACAGCACAACUUCGAGCAGUGACUCGCACGACAGUGAAGAGAAUUAUGUUCCCAUGAACCCAAACCUGUCCAGUGAAGACUCGAAUCUUUUUGGCAGUAACGGUCUCGAUGGAGGAAGCAGUCCUAUGAUCAAGCCCAAAGGAGACAAGCAAGUGGAAUACCUAGACUUAGAUUUAGAUUCCGGGAAAUCCACGCCACCACGUAAGCAAAAGAGCAGUGGCUCAGGCAGCAGCGUAGCAGAUGAGAGAGUGGAUUAUGUUGUGGUUGACCAACAGAAGACCCUGGCUCUGAAGAGCACCCGGGAAGCCUGGACAGACGGCAGACAGUCCACAGAGUCGGAAACGCCAACCAAGAGUGUGAAAUGAAAAUAUUGCCUGCCAUCUCUGAACACAGGAGAACUGAAUUGUAAAGAUAAAUCUUGUUUGACUGAAGAUGAUUUGACACUUCUACUCUAGGUAGAUCCUCAGACGAGUAGAGUUGAAGUCAAAGGACCCUCCAGACGUAAUCAAGCAACUCUGACUGUAAAUGGUGCUUUGUGGUAUCUGAACAAUUCAUAACAUGUAAAUAAUGUGGGAAAAUAGUAUUGUUUAGCUCCCAGAGAAACAUUUGUUUUAUAGUUAACACACUUGUAGUAUUACUGUAUUUAUGCACUUUUUCAUUUAAAGCAUUGGUUUGGGUAUUCCCAAAUGUACUUAACAUAAUUCCUUUGGGAGUUCUUGUUUGUCCUCACACUACUCUGAUAACAUUAUUAAGUUAACUGAGCUACUUUUAGAUUGGGAAAUUGCUCUUUAAACUGCAGUCUAACAACAUUAAAAUGAGAAGUAGAUUCACAGUUUACCUUUCUACCUGAAACUUCAGGUGGGUGGUAACCAUUAGCCUACAACUAGAGAGUAUAGUUGGACUCAGCAUUCAUUGCCUUCCAAAGGGCUGGGGGCAGUGUAUGUACUGGUGUCAGGCCCUAGUUCUCUGAUUCAUGUACAUUUAGUUUGCAUUGGUGGAUCUGUAUCAUAUUUUGUUAAUUCCAGUGUUUUUGGCUCAUUGAAUGAGGAUUCUGCCAGGUGAGAUCUUGCACCUUGGAAAGACUGAAUAAUUAUACUCUCAAGUAAGCCUACAAAACUGAUGGCAUAGGGUGAUAUUUGCUGUCACACUUACUAACAUGUAUGAAGCUUUACAUUACUUGCAGAAGAUAGAUUAUAUAACAAAUCAGGUACGUACCAGGCACUGAUGUGCUAAUACACUGAUCAGGUUUAGACAUGGAGCUUUAGCUGUGUUCCUGUUAGUCCUAAUAUUGGUUUCCAGUUUGGAAUUAAUGAAACAGUGAACAUUCACUGUUAGUUAUAGCAACAUACUGUGAUUUUUAAUUAGACAGCAAUUCAGAUUUAUUACUCUCAGAAUGAAAUUUAAUCUUUUGACACCAUAGUGCCCUAUGAUUUUUUUUUAACUUUACUUAAUAUUCUUCUUGGCCUUAUAUUUAAAUCCCUAUGCAAUUAAUAUUUUAUAUCUGCCUUUGUUAAAUAAAAUAGAUGUUAUAUAAAUGAUUCUCAUAUGUAGCACCUAUUGCUUUUCCAGUAAAAGAACUAAGGAUUUUGUACUGUGAUUUAUAUUCACUGCCCCAAUUCAAGAAAUGUUGGCGCCUUGCUAUAAUGUGAAAUCUUAGAGCCAUGGACCUCUUCCAACCAGAUUUCUGAAACCACCAGAGGAAUCAUGGUUCUGGCUCAUGUAUAACGUGGUCCUGUGACGUGGAUAUCAAGACCACAAAUUAUAUAUAGUGAGGCUACAAUUGUAUUGAUCUGUCUUGGCUUUGCAAUGUAAUUUAGAAAGCAGGUAUAGUAGUUUGUUUGUUUGUUUGUUUGUUAACUACAUACAAUCUCUUAUGUGUUGAUUUGAGACUUAACAGUUUUGGGAGGGAGCAUAGAGAUAGGAGUGCCCGCAGCUGAGGCAUGGCUUCCUCAUUCUGACCUCUACCUGUUGCCUGACUCGACAGAUGUGCCCUGAUUUCUGGCCUCUUGGCCAUAGUACUGUGCCUAAUCAAUGUCAUGGGUUUAUUUUCCCAUUCCACGAACUAAAAAUGUUCAUAACAAGAUGAAUUGUAGACUCGUAACAUUUGAUGCUUUUAAAUGUUUGCUUCUUUUUAAACAAAAACUAAAACCCAAAAGUGAAUUUUGAGGUGGAUUUUUAAAUAAAAAAGAUUGUUUGAGUUCGGUGUGUGCAAGCUGUUUUAUAAUGAAACCACAAAAUCUGAAAUCAUUGAAAUGUGCUAAAACUAUCAAAACGCACAAGCCAGUUGAUGUGUGAAGAUACUAAUUGUGUUAUGUGGAAGACACACAUAUUUUGAGAUUUAAAACACAACAAUAAGUAUAUUACUAAUUCAAAAAUAGAAAUCUUCUUUAAAGCUGCCUAUCAGAAGAGUCUAAGGCAAUUAUGAAUUUUUUAGUGUAAUUUCUCCUUAAUUUUUUAUGUUAUUUUUUAAGACAUACAACUCUCUAGUUUAUAGAAAAUUUUCCCAUUAUGCAGAGUAAUUUAAGAAUUGAAAUGUAUUUGGCAGUUUACUUGAAAACAAAAUCACAUUGAACAUUAUUGACAAAUUAAAAGACAGUUUCUUAUAGAGCAGUAUUUUCUAAACAUGUUUUAGCACUAAAAUCUUUUUUAAAUGAAAUUUUGUGUAACUCCAAUACAUAAAGCCUGAAAAGUCCAUUUUAUCAGUAUAAAUGUAUUUUGAGUUCACAUUUGUGUUUACUUAUCUUAAUCCAUUACUAAGAAUAAAAUUUCUGAAUAACACAAAUGUGAAAUUGAGGUUAUAGAUAGUUGCCAAAAAACCUCAGCAGCCAAUUUAUUUCUAUACCUUGUUUUAUUUGCAUACUAUCAAGAAAAUUGUGAUUCACACAAACAUAAGUAAGUGCAAAUAAUAAGGGUUUUAAACCCACAUCUCAGGAGGCUCUUUAAUUAGAGAUAACUGAAGUUGUAUUCUAAGGUUCAUACAAAAAUAAAUUAUCCUGGUAAUAGAAGUUAAUACAUAAUUAGUCUCCAGUAUGGUAAAAUAGGCGUAUGUGACUCAUUAGAAUGUGCAUUUUUAUUGUUUUAUUUAAAAUAAUGCACUUAUAAAAAUGAAAUUUGAGUCAAACUCUUUUAAUACCCCAGUCACCUUCAAGAAGCUGAGUUUUGGCCAGACAUCAGUUGAAAACCACUGAUUAAGCGUGUGACAGUUAGGUUAUAAAUCAGAAGUCUUUCUCCCACAUGUUUGAUGUUCUCUGCCUUUUAUUCCUUGUUUUGAAAAACUAAAAUGUUAUGAAGGUUUGAAUACCAAAGUACAGUUCUGCUUUCAAAAAUCAAAAUUCAAACUUGAAUAAUUUAAGCUAUUUGACCCACAGAAGGUAGUAAGCUACAAAAGAUUGUUUUUAUCUAAACUCUAGUUUAUACAUUUUCAUCUUUAUUUUUGUCAAUAUAUAUAAGCUACUGUGAGCAUUUUAGAGAAUUCCAUAAAGGUACUAUGAGUGUGUGUAUAUAGCAUUGUAUUUAAUCAUAAACUAAUUUGAUAUAGAAAUACUGCUAUACUGGUACAUUAAGGUCAUAAGCCAUAAUUUCUUUUGGAAUCUUUUUACAUUUAACUAAUGGGCGUCACUAUCUCCAUAUUCAUAAAUGCAUUUAAACUGGAAAUUGAACACCAGUGUUUGUUUGAGCUUUUUUUUCUACUAGUGGGAAAUUGUCUGCUUUCCCGAACUUUUAGUGAAAACAGUAUUUUUUACAUUUUGUUAAAAUGUUAGCUACUUUAUGCCUGUACACUAUACCAUAGACAUUGAUCAUAAUUCUUGGAUAGUCCCAAACACUCUUAGUGCCUCUUUAUGUGGCCCAUUGAAAUAUUGGUAUUAGUAUCUUGAAUGAAUACAAAGCCUUUAGAAUUUUAGAAACAAUGCAGUGGGCAUCCUUCCUGUUCCUCUCUUUGGGUCAUUUUGGUAGGUCUUGUCCUCCAUUGUCAGGUAAGCAAUCAGGCCAAUGACAGGGAUUGUGCAUACGACCAAAUCGAGUGGAUGCACAGAGAGAGAGAUAUAUGCUAGAAUAAGAAUUAUUGUCAGUAGCAUUGAAUAUGUUAUUUGUAAAUCUGUAUAUAAUUUAAAAUACUGACAACUAUGAGAUGAAAAGCCAUGGUGUAAAUGAACAUUGUAGACAUCGUGGACUUGAUGUGAUGAGAAAUCGCUUGUCAGGUUGUGGAGGUAAUUGGUUUUAGUCUGACAAAAUAUGUUUGUAUACUACUACAGCUUGAAAUAGUUUGUCUUCUCUUCCAUAGACUUAUCUUUAAGUUCAGUAUAAUGUCUGUUAUGAAUUUUACAAAAUAUUUAGUCAAGCCAUUACCACAGUUUCUGCUUCUUUUACUUAAAGAGAGAAGGUUUUGUGUGAGUUCUCGUAACCUAAAUUGAUUGUUGAUGAUCAUCCCAAAUUUCAACAGCAAAAUCUUAUGUCUAAAUUUAUUUCUCCCCUCUUGCACAUUUUCUUUUGUAAAGAUCCAAUUGUAGAUAUUUUCUGCUACCAAAUAAAACUUUUCAAACAA